AUGGCAGAUCUCCGUGUCGAUCUAAUUAGGCCUCUGGGCGACGACGACGAAGCCCCCGAUGCUUAUCGUGCAAUUAGUGUCUCUCGCAGUAAUCGCAAGGACAAGUCGAUGGUCAUAUCUCUGCGCCGUACCAUUCGUGUUCCUGACAACGGACAAGUUUAUGAGCUUCCUCCCGACAUGGGCGCUUUCCCGAUCUACAACAUCGAGCAGUAUGAGUCCAAACUGCCACCUAACCUAGCAAAAAAGGGCGGUGUCUUUAUACCCAUGUAUCAGCGAGAAGCCAUGUGGAUCAACUUCAAGGCUGACGAGCCCUUUGCUGUCAAGGUGCUUGUUGGUGGAGUGAACGCCAUCUCUGGGCAGUCCCUAAUGAUGGAUCCUCAUGAGAAGGAGAAGCGUCAGAAGGAUCGCCUGGCAAAGGGUCAGUCGAUCCAAGACUACAUCGUGCCUCCAGCACAGCUCUGGCUCGACGGUCUAGUAACGCAAGACGGUAAAGUGAUGCAGUUCGUUGCUGCACCUGUGGGAACGCACUAUUCAGUCGAGGCUCAGAUCACGGGCAAGGACAGAAUUGCAGGUGUUCAGUUUGAGAUCAUUCCACAAAAGCAAAUCGUUCGAAACAUGGUCUCCAGUCAUGAACCGACGAUGCAGAUCAUUGUCAAGACUUUGACAGGACGGACGUUUGCUUUUCCAGCGUCUCCAUGGUACACAGUGGAAGAAGUUAAACAUAUCAUACAGCUGAAGACUGAUGUUCCGUUGGAUCAACAACGACUUGUGUACGCGGGAAGGCAACUUGAGAAUGAUAAAUAUCUCAUUGACUACGACGUCAAACCCGAAAGUAAUUUCCAUUUAUUACUCAGAUUGCGCGGCGGUAGCACGGAUCCCAAUCCCGACUCUAGAGGCAUCAACGCCCGCUCCGAAGCCAUGAGAGAGAUGUCCCUCGGCGCCGGCGGAUUCAUCAACCAAGUCAUCGAAGCCGACACCUACCCCGCGGACUCCUGGGACACCGACAAAUCCAUCCUGCUCAACCUCCAACUCCUCGACGCCACCUGCUUCAAACAUACCCUUGGCAUCGAUCCACCCGCGACGCCCAUCACUGCCGAGACGUACGCCAAGCACGGAUACCCGUUCUACAAGCUCUACGAGCAGCCAAGUGGCGUGUUUGGAGACUUUGAUCUGAAGAGCAUGGCGGCUUUGGAUGAAAUCGAGGGCCAGAAUGCAGAGCUUCACAAAGUGGAAAAGAGUCUUGCUUUCUCGAGCGUGAGUGCUGGUUGGAAGAUCCUUCAGGGCAAGAAAUUCACCGAGGUCAAGCUGAAUACGGUGGAUGAGAAAAGCGUGUUUUUUCCGAUCAGAACCGCAGUGAAAGAAUAG